AUGUUUAAAAUUCUGAUUGCUUUAUCAUUACUCGUUGUCAUUCAAGGCCAACUCGCCGGUGGCUUCACAGAUCGCCCAGAUCUUCUUAACGAUGCAACAACAAGAGUUAUGGUCCAAUUAUCAGUCAGUGAAUUAGCUAAGACCACAAAUCUUGCUGUAUCACUCAUCAAAGUUGUUAAAGUUGCAACUCAAGUUGUCAAUGGAAUCAAUUAUCGUAUCGAUUUUAUCGCUCGUCCACUUUCAUCUGAUGCUGUUCUUACAUGCUCAACCAAGAUUUAUCAAUCAUUUCAAGGUCAACGGACCGUUUCUUCAGUUGGCUGCGUUUAA